UCCAAUAUGGCGGCCCCCAUUUAGGCAGCUCCGUGGUUUCUAACCCAGCAAGCCCCGGGCAAUGCUGAGCAGGUUGUCAUUCUAGCUUUAGCAGAAAGCUGCAGUUAAAGUUUGUUUCUGAUCACGGCUCCAGGAAACCGCCCUCCUCUAAGGUUCAGGAGUCGUCGCUUCUUCUAGUUCCUGCAAGUUCCGCCUCUGUCGCUGGGUUGUUUCCCGGGCCACCUCCAGACAUCCCGAGGUCCCAGAAACUCCCAGACCCAAACUAUGAGCCUUCAGCAGUUGUUGCUGCGCUUGCCCCGUUAUCUCGGAACCUCGGGUCCGCGACACCUCUGGUGGUCUGGGGCCCUCGACACAGUCUUUUCAGUGGGCUCCAGGCGUGGUCAGUCCUCCAGGUCCCCUACCCACUGGAACCAGGUGGUAUCAGAGGCGGAGAAGAUCGUGGGUUAUCCCACGUCCUUCAUGAGCCUCCGCUGCCUGCUGAGCGACGAGCUCAGCAACAUCGCUAUGCAGGUGCGGAAGCUGGUGGGGACUCGGCAUCCUCUGCUUACCACAGCCAGGGGACUUGUCUAUGACAGCCGGAAUAGCCUCCAGUUGAGAGGCUUGGUGGUGCUACUUAUUUCUAAAGCAGCGGGGCCCAACAGUUUGAAUGCUUCAUGUCAGAACUAUGACAUGGUCAGUGGGAUCUAUUCAUGUCAAAGAAGUUUGGCAGAAAUCACAGAACUUAUCCAUACAGCUCUCCUCGUACAUCGUGGGAUAGUAAACUUAAGUGAAUUGCAAUCUUCUGAUGGACCACUGAAAGACAUGCAGUUUGGAAAUAAAAUAGCUAUCUUAAGUGGAGACUUUCUUCUAGCAAAUGCCUGCAAUGGACUAGCUCUGCUACAGAACACCAAGGUUGUGGAACUUAUAGCAAGUGCUCUUAUGGACUUGGUGCAAGGAGUAUAUCAUGAAAAUUCUACUUCAGCAAAGGAUGAUUAUAUCACAGAUGAUAUUGGAAUAUCGACUUGGAAGGAGCAGACUUUUCUCUCCCAUGGUGCCUUAUUAGCAAAGAGCUGCCAAGCUGCAAUGGAAUUAGCAAAGCAUGAUGCUGAGGUUCAGGAUAUGGCAUUUCAGUAUGGGAAGCACAUGGCCUUGAGUCAUAAGAUAAAUUCUGAUCUCCAGCCUUUUAUUAAAGAAAAGACCAGUGACUCCAUGACUUUUAGUCUAAACUCAGCUCCUGUAGUCUUACAUCAGGAAUUUCUUGGAAGAGAUAUCUGGAUUAAGCAAAUCAAAGAGGCUCAAGAAAGGGGAAGAUUGGACUAUGCUAAGUUGCGAGAAACAAUCAAAGCUGGCAAAGGUGUGACUUCAGCUAUUGACCUGUGUCGUUACCAUGGAAACAAGGCACUGGAAGCCCUGGAGAGCUUUCCUCCCUCGGAGGCCAGAUCUGCUUUAGAAAACAUUGUGUUUGCUGUGACCAGAUUUUCGUGACACCAAAUUAAAAAGACACUAUUGUUAGCUGAAAAAACUGGGGAAUAAGGUGAUCGGGAGAGCCUUCAUGAUGAAAUAUCUAAACAUGUUAAUGACUUUAAAAACAUACAUUUUCACCCUGCCUUUUAUCACAUUGCUAAAUGAAUACUGCUUUCUUUUUGGAACUGCUGCAAACAAAAUUAGAAGGAAAAAGGUCAAGCAGUUUUCACUUGUCACGCCAGAAGCACACUUGAGGAUGCAGUAGCAGAAAUAAUUAAUGAGAUUCACUCCUGUGACCUCAGCAAAUGGACAGGAAAUAAGUCCUUAUUGAUUGGACCAAGCUAGGGAUGGCGCCAGGGCGGUGGCCUGUGGUUUUCCUUCUAGAGAGGACAGAGCUAGCUGGAAGCUGCAGGUGUCAAGAGAAACACUAUCUCUGCCAGCCAAUAGGACUGUCAAAUCAGAAACUGGCGACUAAUUUGUCAUCACAGGGAGCAGUUCAAUGAUUAAGAAAAUGCUUUGUCUUUUUGCAGUUAUCUCUGUAUUCAUAGAUACAGUGUGAAUAUGCUUUGCACCUCAUAAUUUUUGAGAGAUUGGGAAAGGGGGAAAUGUCAAUAUUUGAAGUAGGAGAUUAAAAUGUUAUCAGAUCUUAACUUGGUUGUAGUAGGAAUUGCCUGUUUUUCCUUCUUAAUGACAAAGUCUUUUCAAACACACUUCACAGAACCAAAGUUUUUUUUUUUUUUUUUUUUUUAACCUGAGCAGGAUGCUUUUUUCAAGUAAAAUGUAUUCGUUUGUAAUACCACGGAGUAGAGAAUACCUUUAAUUUUUAUAAGUUUCAGAUAUAUAAUGGUUGUAUAUUGUUGUUUUUUUUUUUAACCUCAGAAUGUCAAAUUUUGGUCUUGAACCACAGACAUCCAAUUACAGAAAGAAUAUAAGCCUGCAAUCGGACACUGUCUCUAUGUGGUUCAUAAGAGAUGAUUUUUGUGGUUUGCAUGCAUGCAAUAUGAGAACUUCGUUGACAAGAAGGCUGAGUUUACAUAAAUGAUCUAGAUUGAGACUCAGCUACCUUUCUUCCUUAUGUAGUGUAAUUACAAUCCUAUCUGGAGACAGCGAACACAGCAAACAGAUUUUAUUACCUCAUUCUACUUCAACACUAAAUGAAGUUAUUUUAAAAUGUUAAAUUUUCCCUCCCCAAAAGUUACAAAACUGUCUUUCUCAGGGCCCAGUAUGUGGGAUGCAAUUAAGAAAAGAGAAAAUACAAAGCUGCAGAGGUUAAUGUAUGAUGAAAUAUUUUUAAAAAUACUCAAUAUUAAUUGUACAGUUUAUGAUACAGCAAUGCGAAAGCCUAGAUUUAUCUUAAGAGAACUCCACUUUUCUGUUUGAAGUGUCUUUUCUCACAGAAAUUGGCUUAAUUAGUAACUCUAGUUAGAGAUUUUAGAUCAGAGUAGGUUUUAAUCAUUAACUUCCACCAAGGAGGAGUCAUGCUUUGUGUUCUCUGCAUAUGCAGGAACUUGGAGGUGUAGGUUUUAUUAAGCAGAUGGUCUAGUUCUGCAGGGCACAGAACAGGAUCCUAGGCCUUUUCUAAUUCUGGCUUACCAGCUGGUUUGCUGUAUGACCGUAAGCAAGUCGUUUUCCCUGAGCCUCAAUUUCCUCAUAUAUAAAAUAUGAUUAAACAAGAAGAAUGUAUGACGUUCCUUCCUGAUUUGUUUAAUUUUCUAAAAGCUUGCCAUUUCUGACUGUUCAGAUAGCAGAGAUGCCAUGUGAGAUUCAGGGAGAAAGAAAGCUCUGAAGAAAUGCAGAAGACAUAUAGCACUUUCCCAGGUGACCUAACGUGUUCCCAGCCUGCUCUCCUUUGGUUAACACGUAAUCCUGGGCUCUUCUGUUUCAACACUCACCUUGCUGCUUUCUUUGGGAGCCUUUCCUACUUACCUCUCCUCUUCCCAGCUCCCUUUAUUUACUAUACCGACCUUUCCCCACACCUUGUGCCUGCUGCCUUGCUUCCUGGGCUCAGCGGCCCACGCUACCAUUGAGUAGUUCCUGGCCUCUCCCCUCCAGUCAGGUCUUCCCUAGCGGAGUUCUCAUUUCCUUAGCAUCUUGGCAAGCUUUUGUUAAAACCCACCUGUUGGCCAGUUCAUGCCAAAGUAUUAAAUGUUACUUGCCUUCCUCAGGCCCCUAGAGAGAAUUUAGGGGCUUCAAGCCAUCUCAGUCAUACAUCAAACUACUGUCUGGGUGCAUGCAAAUAAGGUACUGACAAAUGAGAGUUAUUAGUCUUAGGUGAUAUCCGUCACCCCUCUUUGUCCACCUCCCCCGCCAUCCCAAGUUUCGUACUGGAGGGAAAAUUUCAACCAUUAACCAUUGUCCUGCUUCCCUCUACUUGGUCCAAACUUGCAAGUUUGUUCUUCCAAACCUCACUCACUUAAGGUCCCUGAACCCACCUUCAUUCUCCUCCCUAUCAGUUUUCUCUUUGUUGAGUAUAAAGGCUUAUUACAUGUAUACCAGUCAACAGAGAGGACUACCUGUGACUGACUGGCUUGUCUUCAUGUUAGAGGACAAGCAGAAUGAGGGGCACUCCAGGACCCCCAAACCUGCCUGCUCUGAAUUGGUUCUGCCAUAUGCCUCAUAAAAACAAACUCUUAGUGUAUAAGACCUUCAAUAGAAAAAAAUGAAUAGACAUGCUAUGCAAUGAAGAGAAGAGAAAGAAUAAAGGUUUCCUAUGAAACACCCAAAGUUACCCAUCCCCUCAUGGGUAAAUACCCAGCCAAACAGGGUUGGCCCCAAGCUGGGCAGCCAAGGCCCAAAAGUUUGCCAUAAGCCUGAUGAUGUACCUUCUGGUGGGAACUUAUAGGAAAGGGGCAGAAGAGGCCAGGCAAAUCUGGAAGGAAAAGUGCAAAACCAAAAUACAAGUCAAGAUAAAACCUGCUGUUGUCAGUUUCCCUAUGGGUCUCACCCACGCCUGUCUCUUUCAAGUGUCUCCUUCCAUGUCCCCUAAGUCUCUUGUACAAGUCCAAGGCCGAGACACAAGUGAGGCUUCUUCAUAUGUCUUUCUGCUUUAUUUGCCUCCUCCAAGACUUCUUCCCAGUCUUUCUAGCUUCACCUCCCUAUUCAGCUCCACUUCCCUAGUGGGCUCUUGGCCUUCUCCCUCCAGGAAGUUGUGAGAUAAUAAUCAUUAAUCAGGAUCUAAUGCUUUUUGUCUCUCAUGGUGCUUCCUGGUCAGCGUGGUGGGCCAAAAUGUUUGGACAGGGCUCCCCAGUACUGAUAGAGUUCACCUAUUCAAAUAGGACUAGGCAACUCAUCCUACUGCCCAUCAAGUUUUUUUUACCAAGGCUGUGUCAUUAGCACCAGUGGACCUGUGGUUUUCCCUUCUUUAUUUCCCUUCCUUCCUGUCUGAUAUGCUUUGUUCUUACUCUCAUCCCUAAAUAAAUUCUUUUCUAAAUAUUUAAAUUAUAUUUCCCCAGAAACUACAAAGCAAUAUGCUGCCCCAAGUCUUUUAAAUUCCCCAACUUAGGCAAGCUCUUUUCUGCCAAAGAAAAAAGCAACAUCAGGGCCUCCCUGAUGGCACAAGGGGUUAAGCACAGCGCUAUGAAGCAAUCCGCAGCCUCUGCAGCACAAGAGUUCAAUCCCUGGCCCGCCAGGGAGCAACCCACAUGGUGCAGCAGACCUCUCCUGACUCGCCUGCUGCUCCCCUCAGCAGUGUAUUCUGUCAAUCUGCCUGUUCUGCUCCCCACUCUGCCUCUGGUGAAUCCUCUCACCCCCCGCAUCUCUGGCCUGUACCCCAGCACUUGUAUGCAUAAAUAAAUAAAUCUUUAAAAAAAAAAAACCAACAUCAAUUUGAUAUUGAUUAGAUAGUGAGCUAUUUGCCAUCAAAUUUAGUUUGAAAGCUAAGGAUUGUGACUAUCAUCAAACUUUGUAGUGAGCUUUUACUUGAUAAUACUACUAAAUCCUCUUCUUUUUUUUUUUAAUAUAUUGCUCAUGUAAUGUGGUUAUCCAUUCAUACCUAAAAAUAAAUCACCACUGAUUUUGUGUGGUCCAGGUCUCAUUCUCCAAUGUUUGAGACUUCAUCUUGUCCCUGGCAAUGUUGUUGCUAUGGCCCAGGAUGCAGAUGAUACUUACAAAUGUGUAGUAAAAGACAUUUACGUUAGUGCAACGUGCUCCAAAAAGAUGUAGACCUUUUUUAGGACCAGUAUAUAUAGCACAUUAAAUCCAGAUAACCAGAAACUAAUCUGAAUAAUUUGUGAUCGCCUUUUAAAACCUGACAAAUUGCUAUAACAAAUGUCUUUGGGCAAGUAGAGUCUUUUUUUU